AAAAAAGAUUCCACAGCGAACAUCCACCACCACCGGUAACGCCAUCGCCGGUUGAGCUCCUCACCGUCUUGGCUCUCUUUCUCUUUCUCUCUCUAUCCCUUUUUCUACUAAAAAUUAAAAAAAAAAAAGGAAAGUCCCUAUCUAAUAUCAAACACCAAAUCCUUCUCCGUCUCUCUCUUUCUCUGGCGGACCAGUCACCUAAAUCGCUCUGUUCAUUUCCUCCAUCUUUCUCUCUCUAUAUAUAUAUCUGUACACACGAUUAUACGUACAGAGCAUUACAAAUCGGGAGUUUCUAUUGAGGCAUUGUUGAAUUUGGCGGUGAAUGCAGUGCGUGAGUGAGCGCAUGAUAAACGUAUAGGAAUGGCGCAGUACCGGCAAUCUGGGCACCAUUACUCAAACGGUACGUCGGAUCACUUGUCCAUUGGGAUUUGUCCUCCGACUUCUCUGCAGCAGCAGUACAAGCCGGUGAGGGUUCGCCGAUGGGCUCGAUCUGAUAAGGGCAGUGCUGCUGCCUUCUCGAUCGGAGCGGUCAUUGUGGUUUUAUGUGUUGUGCUUGCUGUUACUAUUUUAGCUUACUAUUACCUCUCCGCCGAUGAUAAAGGUGCAGAAAUAAAUGCUCAUCAUGUUGAUGAUGGUGAGAUGAAGAAUGAUUUGGAUUUUCUUACAAAUGUUACCCGAACAGACAACUUUAGAGUCCUUGGCUUUGGCCAAGGUUCAGUGGGACAUGGACGGGAUUCUAGGUAUUGGGAUAGGGAUGAUAGAAGAAGGGAAGGAGAUUAUAAUGAGGAUGAUGUGACUCAUGAUGGUAAGGAAGCUAGGGGUGGAUCUGCUGAAAAGGACCAUGAUCCAGUGGAAGUGAAGGUAGGAAAGGAGAAGACUUCUCAAGAUGAUCCUUUUAAGGGUUUAGAGCAAAGAGGAGUUGGAUUGUACAAUGAAGAUGGACGUAAUGAAUUAAAAAGGUAUGAAGCAGAGUAUGAGGCCUCUCUAAAGAAUACUAGCCAAUCAAGAAAUGAAAAUGACAAUAAAAAUCAGUUACUUGAUGAUGAGGAUAAUGGAGAGCAGAAUGAGCUAGUUGAUACUGAUAAUGAGUAUGAUGAUGGUACUGAUUCCCACGAUCCUCAUAUGGAGGAAUACGGCGAUUCUGAAAAUGAAAGUGGUGACCACACUGCUAUAGGAAUAUCCCAUGAUAAUGAUGGUAGAGAGUCCUCUAGUUUACAUGAUGCUGAAACUAAGGAUCAAAGUAUUGCCAAGGACAGUCAGGAAGUCUCUGAUAAUAUGUUAGAGAAGUCUUUGAAUUCCAGAACUAUGGAUAAUAUUCACAGUAAUUCUCGACAAGUUCGUGCUACUGGCAGUCAAUCUACAAGCAAAUCACAGACAGACUCAAAAAGAAAAAGGCGCCGGAAAUUUUCUGGGUCUUGUGAGACGAAGUUUCUAAAUUCUACUUCACAACUUGUCGAGCCUUUUGAAAGUCAUAAAUUUGCAAGAUUUUCCUUGCAGUAUGUGGAAAUGGAGGAGAGGCCCAAUGUGGAUGAACAAUGGGAGCCCAGAUUUGCCGGGCAUCAGAGCUUGCAAGAACGGGAAGAAUCAUUUUUGGUUCAUGAUCAAAAAAUAAAUUGUGGCUUUGUCAAAGGUCCUGAAGGAUCCCCAAGUACAGGAUUUGAUUUGGCAGAAGAUGAUGCAAAUUAUGUCAGUAGAUGCCACAUUGCUGUAAUCUCUUGUAUCUUUGGAAAUUCAGAUCGUUUGAGGUCACCUACUAGUAAAAUGGUCACUCGCUUGUCAAGGAAAAACGUCUGCUUUGUUAUGUUCGUGGAUGAAGUUACUUUGCAAACACUUUCUUCGGAAGGUCAAAUCCCAGAUAGAACUGGUUUUAUUGGUUUAUGGAAGAUUGUGGUGGUGAAGAAUCAACCAUAUACAGAUAUGCGGAGAGUGGGCAAAAUACCAAAAUUGUUGCCACACCGGCUUUUCCCUUCUGCAAGGUAUUCAAUAUGGUUGGAUAGCAAAUUACGUUUUCAACUGGACCCUUUGCUCGUUCUGGAAUAUUUUCUGGGGCGAAAAGGUCAUGAAUAUGCCAUUUCUAAUCACUAUGAUCGCCAUUGUGUAUGGGAAGAGGUUGCACAGAACAAGAGAUUGAACAAGUAUAAUCAUACUGUCAUAGAUCAGCAAUUUACUUUCUACCAGGCUGAUGGACUGAAAAGAUUCAAUGCCUCUGAUCCAAAUAAGCUUCUUCCCAGCAAUGUACCUGAAGGGUCUUUAAUUGUAAGAGCGCACACUCCUAUGUCAAACCUGUUCUCGUGUCUUUGGUUCAAUGAGGUCGAUCGCUUUACUCCUCGUGAUCAACUGAGUUUUGCAUAUAUAUACCAGAAAUUGAGAAGGAUGAAUCCUGGCAAACCAUUUUAUCUAAACAUGUUCAAGGAUUGCGAGAGAAGAGCCAUAGCAAAAUUGUUUCGUCACAGGUCAGACGAGAGGCGAAAUAAUUCUCAUAAACAUCAAGAAUCAACAGAAUAAAAUGCAUGAGAAAUCGCCUUCUACGAAGCCUAUUUCUGUACAUUAUUCUUUGCCACACAAAGAUUUAGUGCCUGAUGAUGGUAGCCUCUUCUCUAAUGUCCCAGAAUGUUACAGAACUACUGAUUCCCGAGGACAUACUUCGAAAUACAUAGCGGAUACAAGACUUGAUAGUGAUUUGUUGGGGGAGGUAAUAUUGCUGCAAUUCUCUUCGACUUCAAUUAAAUACAAAUACAUAUCUCUGUGGAAAAGUGAAUAGCUAUAAUACUAAAAGCUUCUUCAUCAUACCCCAUUCUAUUCUAUUCUUUGUUCCGUUUUGAGGCCAGCAACGCACUCAAAUGCCCUUUUGUACCAUUACUUAUAAUAUAACUACAAAUUUUAUGUUUCAUCCCAUAUUUUGGAUUCUAUCAAUUUUUCCUUAUGGGUUGGAUAUCCAUACUGGUUGUUUGUAACAUUUUUUUUAUUGGUAAAACUUGUGUAUGAUAAUAUUCAUGGCAAGUUUUUGGCUAUCUUUUCAAUAUAUACAUAAUUAUGUUGGAUAAAUUUCAAUGACUGUCAUUGAACUUAUAUAGUUGUAAUAUUACAGUUCUUUAACUUUAAAAUGUAACAUAAAACUCUCUAAAUUUUCAAAUUUUGCGCAAUAAAAUCUCUUUGAUUUUCAAUUAUUAAUUUUUCAGUUAAAAACUGACGUGAAUAGCUCCCGCAUGGCGCUUAGUCAAUAUUUUUCUCUCAUUUUCUCAUGCAAAGUGUAAAAUUAUUCUAUUUACGUGUGAAAAAUUAUUCUGUCUAUAGAGAAAAGAAUGAUUUAAUUUACACAUGACUUGAGAGAGAAAAGAGAAAUACUAAUUAAACUCCAUGUUGGAACUAUCCAGGUCUAACUAAAAAACUGGUAAUUGGAGGUUAGAUGGAUUUUACUGUGCAAAAUUUGAAAGUUGAUGGAGUUUUAUAUUAUAUUUAAGUUGAGAAAUUGUAAUGUUAUAAUUAGAUAAUUUCAAAGACAAUUGUCAAAAUUUAUCCUAAUUAUGUUAUUGAAGUUGAGUAAAAUGGCUGUGAGAGCUAGGAAUGGCCAAUUAUAAAAUGAAUCAGUGGAGUGCCUGUCUUCCUUGCUUGACUGCAUGCUAACACUCACCUUUUUUUACUCUCCAAAUCCUCGAGGACGGUGGAGUUGAGAGGCUUUAUGGGCUAGCUUGCAAAUUCUUCCUUUCCACCAAUGAAGAACAAGGCAUCCUCGCUCCCUUAUCAGCCGUUUCUUGUAUCAUGUAGUGGCCAUAAACGUCUAGUGUGGAAGAAAUUAUAAUACUUUUCUAGAUCUGGUAUCCUCGAUUCGCGGAAAUUCGACAGUUGACCGGGUCUGCAAAUUUCGGGCCAGACAGACCCGUUACCGGAAAAAGUCUCCGGAUUGGACCGAGGUUUUGGCUAGCCCCCCAUUGUCAGACGUCCCGAGCGCGUUCCCGAAGUCGGAAUCGGCAAAGGCCACAGGAGGAUAUUUUGUUCUGGGUUAACCUGCUUUUCUCCUUCGCAGGUGUUUAUCAAUACUUGUGUAAUUUUAUUUACUCCUAGAAUUUCCGCAUGUGUUAGUAGUAAUUAUUUGAAUUUGGUCUGUAAUAUUAUUAUUAUGUUGGACCUGUAAACUAAAUAUGCUAUGCAUGUUUGAUGGAUUGGAUGAGGGAGCUGAGCUCCCAUUUAUUUUAUGUUGAUGAGUAUGUGGAGGGUGAGCUGAGCUCCCCAAAUGACCA